AUGUUAGUUCAUUUAGCUCUGAAGUCGAUGAGGAUGAUGGAGUCACAUUCAUCUACAACAGCUUUGGCAAGUAAAAGACCGUCAUGGAAUGAUGAUGGGGAGGAUGAAGUUGAUGAUGAUGAAGGUUCAAUACCAACAGAAAUUCUGAAUGAUGAACCUCUUGAAAUGUUGGAUGUUAACGAAAAUUUAGAACAAUUUGUAAUGGAACCCAUUAGAAAGAAUUGUACUUUAAAAUGCCGAAUUUCUAGAGAUAAAAGAGGAGUGGAUAAAGGAAUGUUUCCAACAUAUUAUUUACAUUUAGAAAAGAAUGAUGGGCGAAGGACAUUUUUAUUGGCUGCUAGAAGAAGAAAAAAAGCAACAACAGCUAAUUAUUUAAUUUCAAUUGACCCAACAGAUUUAAGAAGAAAUGGGCAAAGUUUUAUGGCUAAAGUUAGGUCAAAUGCAAUGGGUACAAUGUUUACAAUUUAUGAUAAUGGAGAAAACCCUAAAAAGCCUUCAGCUGUUGGGGAAAGUAUUAGAAGAGAGUUGGCAGCUGUUAUUUAUGAAAGGAAUGUACUUGGAUUAAAAGGCCCAAGAAAGAUGACUAUUAUAAUGCCUGGAAUAUAUAUUGACCCUAAACAUAAUUAUUUACGUCCUUUAGCUGUUAGACCUAUUUCGGUAAAUAUUUAUAUAUUAAAAAAAAUAUUUUUUAAGGAGAGAGAUUCAAUAUUAGAAAGAUAUAGAACUAAUAGAUUGGAUGAAAUGGUUGUUCUUAAUAAUAAACAGCCUGUUUGGAAUGAAGGUAAAUAA